AUGUUUAAGGAUCUGGAGGAAAUGAAAAAAUCCGAUGGCUCAACAAGAAACCUGGGAAAACGUCUGCGCAGUACCAAUUUACUCUUGGGGAUUAUCACAUCCGUAUACGGAAACCUGGAUAUAGGAAAGCCGUAUAGACUGCGAUCCCUCAAUCUAUUUGAGUUUCUGAGCCGAUUUUAUCAUUUAACUCACGUUGGGCUUCUGCUUACAACUGUCACUCUGUGCAUGGGCCUUGUACACAAAAGCAACUCCUGCCCUGGGCAGUCUAGUCCCAGAGGUUCUUUUCUGCUAUAUAACAUAUAUCUGUAUAUGCUGGCUCUUACCAUUGCUGUAGAAACAUUCAUUCCAGUUACAUUCUGGGUGCUCUGGCAUAUUGAUAAGUCUCUUGUUGUAAAUACAGCAUCAUACGUUGGAAAUGAUAGCAUUUCUUUCUUCUUCAACUUGUGCAUGCACGGGCUGCCGACUAUCUUUCUUCUUGUAGAAUUUUUCUGCAUUGAGUUUUUCAAUACCCCCGGGCACUAUGCCUUGAUAUUCGGGUUCUUCAUAGGAUAUUUACUUACAAUGUAUUUAUGCUAUGUAGUAAAUGGAUACUGGCCAUAUGGAGUGGUUACCAUGGUAAGCGGAGUCAAUAGAAUUGGCUUUUUUGCUGUUUGUUUCCUUUCCAUAUGCUUUAUGUACUAUUCUCUCAUAGUUUUAAAUAGAAUUAUCUGGAGGAAGAAAAAAGAGUUUUCCAGCAGAGGCGCAACUGGAGAAAGUGACCCAAGUGCCAAGAAAAGGUGA